AUGGAAGGAAAUGCACUUCAGAAUAGCAAAUUAGCUCCACUCAACCUGGCCCCUCCUGUCAUAAAUGCGGCAAUAAAUGUCGCCAAAAGACUGAUAGAAAAGCUUAUCGUUUCGGCAGUCUCCGAUCUAGUUUUAGCAGUGACGACUUUCAUUCUAUGUAAUCUAUAUAAUGAAUUUAAAAAAAUGAAGACGCAAAUCCGACUGCCGCGAGAAAACGACAAAAUAUUCUACGAUGAGCUGGAAACUCCAGAUGGAGAUCUCAGCACGGAAGAGAAAAUUGAAAAACAGCUAAGGGAAGUAGAAAAUCAUAACAGAAAAGUAAAAAAAUUACAGGAUUGGUUUAAAGAUGUAGAAAAGCGAGUAAAAACAGAAAGGAAGAAGAUAGAUUUAGUAACAGGAAGAGCCAAAAGUGACGAUUUAAUAAAAAGAACAAAAGAAACAUCACAGUAUGUAACCAAACCGGAACAAGAAAUAAAGUUAGAUGAUAACGAAGAAAAAGAAAUAAUGGAAAAUGGAGUUAAAAAAAUUCAAAACGGGUUACGCAUAAUAGAAGAAUUGAUAGAAAAACUUGAUGACGGCACAGGGAAAUUUCCGAAAGACAAUUUAGGAUCAUAUAAGCAGGAAAUAGAAAUCCCUGAGGAUAAAGUCGCAGAAUUUGAUGAAGGCCUAGAAUUAUUUCAACAAGGCUUAAAACUAAUUGAAGCUCGCGUAAAGAACACUGCAGGAGAAGAUGAAAUAGAAGAAAUAAAGAUAGAACUAGAAGAGGAUAACGAAGAAGAAGAUGGGGUUAAUUCAUCUCUCUAUUUAUAUUCCCAAGAUGCAGUCAUACAGGCACCACCUUUAGCAUCAGAGCCAGAAGCAUACGAAGGCAGGAUGGCCUUAGUAGAAAAGUGGAUAAACGAAAUAGAUGAAACGAGAAAAAAUGAAGCAAUGAAGAUAAAGGAAGGAGUAGAGGCGGAAGUUAAACCACCCGAAUCAUAUGCACAAGACGCAGGAAACACAAGUGGACAAGUAGAACAAAACAAAGUGAAAGAAGAAACACAUGAUAAUGAAUACGAAGAAGAACAAAGCCUGGAAGAAGAACCAAAUGGCGAAAUGACAGAAGAGUGGAAAGCAGAGGAAUGGAAAAAAUGGAUGAACAAUACAGAAAAAGAGUGGGGGAAUUCUAUACAAUCCUUUGAACAUCAUAAGCAAAAGUGGAUUGAAAAAAAGGAAAGUCAAUGGAAAGAAUGGCUCACAAAUAUUCAGUACAAUUGGGUUGCAUUUACAAACAAAUUGGAAGGAGAUUAUAUAGACAAUAAAGAAAACGAUUGGACGAAAUGGGAUGAAAAGGAAUGGAAAGGAAUAAUCGAAAUGGAGUGGAAAAGACCUAUGAAAGUAAAGUGGACAAAAUUAGUAGAAAAAAAUGAAGAAAAUUAUGCAGGUGAGCUUUUUAAUUAUUGGGAUAAUUGGAAACAGAAAAAAUGGAACCAAUGGGAAAAUAAAAACUGGAAAAAGAAAGAAGAGGAAAAGUGGAAUAAUUUCGAAAAACGUAAAGAUUUAAAUGAAGAUGAAGAACGGAAAGAUUUAAAUAAAGAUGAAAAUUGGAAGGAAUGGAAAGAAAGAUUGUUAAGAGAAAAACAGGAAUGGGAAAAUUGGGUCAACGAAAAGGAACAUUUCCUAAUAGAUAAAGAAGAGAAACACUGGGAAAAAUGGAAAAAAUACAAGUGGAAUUACCUGACUGUAUGGAUCAAGCAACUCGAAGCGGACUGGUUAAAGGUCAAACCGUGGGAAGUAUGGAAACAGGCAAGGAUCUAUUUCUACGAAUCAAACGUAAAAGUGGAAGAUGAUGUGCAACACAAUGAAGGAGAGAUUUCACUGAGCUCUUAA